GAGUUCCAGUCGGGAUCUCCUCCUUCCUUCAAUCCCCAAAACCUUUCAUUUCUCUGGUAAGCACUCCGUUUCCUCCACUCUCUCUCUCUCUCUCCUAUAUAUAUAUAUAUAUAUGUAUAUACAAUCAUAUAUAGUCAGCAAUGGCUUAAUGUCCACUCCAGAGAGCUAAUGCCUAAUACUCACUCCCAAAUGCUUCGCCGCCUCCCAAUCCUUAGUCGCCGGAUUCUCCCAAACUCCAUUUUCCCUUCCCCUCUCCCAAACCCCCAAAACCGUAUCUCCCAUGGCUUCCUCCGCCUCCUCUCCUUCGCUCAGGCGGCCCAACGCCGCCCUCCCGACCCCGACCACCCCUCCACCCUCAUGAAGGAAGACGGCGUCUCCGUCUGCUCCCGAAUGUGGAUCGAAAACUUCCGAGAACCCGACCGAAUCGUCUCCAAUUUGUCCUCCUAUCUCCGCCGCUUCGAGCUCUGGGUCCUCGCCUACCAGAAGGUCUGCGCCGACAACACCGGCGCCUACCUCCCCCGCAGCGCCAUCCAGCGCCCUGCCCUCGACGACCUCUUGGUCCUCCGCAACGCCGUCCUCGACGACCGCUUUCGCUGGGGAGCAAGGCUGGAGUUCUUCAUAAAAUCGCCGCGGGACAAGACCGAUUACGCGUCGCUGUCGAAGAGGAAGAUCAAGGCCCUGCUGACGACGACGCAGCCGGCGCCGUUUCAGGACAGGAUUGUUCAGGAGGUUCUGUUGAUGAUUUUGGAGCCGAUUUACGAAGCAAGGUUUUCGCUGAACUCGUUCGCGUUUAGGCCCGGUAGGAAUGCGCAUACUGUGUUGAGGGUUAUUAGGAGGAAUUUUGCAGGCUAUCUGUGGUAUAUAAAAGGGGACUUGAGCACAAUCUUGGAUGGGAUGAAAGUGGGAUUGGUGAUAAGUACUUUGAUGAGGGAUGUUAGGGAUAAGAAAGUGAUUGAUUUGGUUAAAUCGGCAUUGGUUACGCCGGUGAUCACCACCAAGGAAGGUGGUGAGGAGAAGAAGAAGAAGACGAAGAGGAAGUAUCAAAAGAAGAGAGUUCUGGCUGAGGAUGAGCCGAAACCGGAUCCUUAUUGGUUAGAGACGUUUUUCGGGUUCGCCCCUGAGGAAGCGGAGAAGCUUCCUUCUUGGGGGCAUUGUGGGGUGCUCAGUCCACUCUUGGCUAAUGUUUGUUUGGAUGAACUCGAUCGGUGGAUGGAAGGGAAAAUUAAGGAGUUCUAUCGACCUUCGAAGAGUGAUGUGAUAUGGAAUGCUCCGGAGGGGGAGGCGGAACAAGGGAACACAUCGUGGCCGGAGUUUGUGCCCACGAGUGGUCCCGAUAAGACGCGGAAGAUGGAUUACGUUCGAUAUGGGGGUCACAUUUUGAUUGGAAUUCGUGGUCCUAGAGCCGAUGCGGCAACGUUGAGAAAGGAGUUGAUUGAGUUUUGUGAUCAGAAGUAUAUGCUCAAGCUUGAUAAUGAGAGCUUACCUAUUGAACACAUAACCAAGGGCAUAAUGUUCCUUGAUCAUGUGUUGUGCCGGAGAGUUGUGUAUCCGACUCUUCGUUACACUGCCACGGGGGGAAAGAUCAUUAGCGAGAAGGGUGUCGGAACGCUUUUAUCGGUCACAGCAAGCUUGAAACAUUGCAUCAAGCAGUUUAGGAAGCUGAACUUUCUGAAGGGGGAUAGGGAUCCGGAUCCACAGCCUUGUUUUCGGAUGUUUCACGCCACACAAGCUCACACCAAUGCCCAAAUGAACAAAUUCUUGUCUACUAUUGUCGAGUGGUAUAGAUAUGCAGAUAAUAGGAAAAAAGCGGUGAACUUUUGCUCUUACAUUAUUAGGGGCUCACUUGCAAAGCUUUAUGCUGCGAAAUACAAGCUUCGUUCGCGAGCUAAAGUGUACAAAAUCGGUGCUCGGAAUCUGAGCCGUCCAUUGAAGGAGAAGAAGGGUCAAUCACCGGAGUACCAUAAUCUGUUAAGGAUGGGUCUUGUUGAGUCAAUUGAUGGGCUUCACUAUACUAGGAUGUCUCUAGUACCUGAAACUGAUUAUACCCCUUUUCCAAGUAACUGGAGGCCUGAUCAUGAGAAGGCAUUGCUUGAAUAUAUAAGGCUUGAGGACCCGAAAACUCUCGAGGAACAACGUUGCUGCAUUAAGGAACAAGGCCUCCUUUUGCCUCAGGAUUACAUUUCAAUGCUUGUUUGGAAUUACAAAAGGAACGCUAUUAUGUUGGAUCACCUAUCUUUGGUAAGAAAUGAUGUGAGCAAUAAAGAAAGAGGUCAACAACUGUUGUUGGGCUCAAACCAGGAUUACAAUGAGCAGAAAAUCGAAAGAGAUGAACUAUAAUGUAAUACCAUCUGUUGUAUCUUCUUUUUGGCCUCUAGAUUGAAUUCUUUAUAAUUUAAAAAGGAGGAGAAAAAAAAAAAACAAAAGGCAAAAUGUUUUUGUCUGUCUUUUGGCUGGAAUUGUUGUAGUAUUACUAGAACCAAAUUUUUAAAUCUGCUGUUCUCAUCACUAGUUUGACUUGAUGUUGAACGUGGUUACACUAAGCUACAUGGUUCCAUUUACUGCUUGACAGCGUUGGCCAGGUGACAAAUUCUGUUUCAGAUCUUGAAUUUCGAAUUCGAUUGUAUGUACAAGUAGUUUGGUUGAACGGACUUACUUUACUGAUUUACUGUUUGUUUUUGCUAUUGCAAUGGCUGUGUCUGGUUUUGAUGGUGCCGAUGAUCAUCAUCAGUUUGUUGUUUUUUCUUGUAACCUCUUUUAUCAUCAAACAGUAAUCUGAUAAACAACAG